AUGGCCACGGCGACCGUCAUGGCCAGCACCACCGAGCUCACCACCUGGGCCUGCCGUCUGGCUCGCGUCUCUCGCGGCGUCACCCCUCGACGUCGGAACCGCGAUCGGGAUCGGGGCGGCAACGACGAGCGCCGGCUGGCAUGGCAGCACUUUGACCAGCCUGACCUGAGCUGUACCGUACGGCUCGCCACCGUGGACGAGGGUCCCCGCCUUCCGCCCAGCGAGCAUCUCACCAGCUCAGUCGCGCAGCAGAGGCUCUCGCACGGCCAGGCCUCGGGCCGGAGGUCGAGGGAGCUGCGCAUCACCGUCUCCUUCUCGGUCAGCGACCCGUCGGCGUCGCUCCUGCAGGCGAGCGGGAUCGCCUCGAGCAUCGUGCUGGAGGAAGUCGAUGUGGUGGCCUUGACGCACGCCGCAGCUCGCGAGGGCCGCCAUGGACCGGUCCUCAGUGUCGUCCGUCGCGCCGAUCUGGUCGGCCUGCGCUAUCUGGACCUCCACGACAGGACCAAGUGGCGCCGAUGCCAGCUGAUGUUCGCCGACGCCAGCGACACCGGCAUCUUCCUGUCGAUGAUACAGUCUGACAGCUACAUCGUGGAACUGCAGCCGCAGACCUCGACUGCUGGUGUCAUCGAAGCCGAGGAGAACGCAGCGCAGCAGUCACUUCACAGCGCGCCUCAGGGUGAGGUUGGCUCGACGCCGUCAGCCAUGAGGGUGUCCUCGCCGGUCCUGGCAACUUCGCACGUCGCAACAGCCGCCAACGAUCCCGAGGCCGACCUCACCAUCGAAGCCUGGCUUCAGAGGGCGUGCCAGCUCCUAGUGCAGGAUGGCGAGAGCCUGGAACUGGCGCUGCAGAUGUUGGCGGAAGGUAUGCGCUGA